UGCGUGAUAGGUGGAUGCUCGUCCAGAUGACGCGGUGGAGUGUUGGAUACUGGUCAGGUUGGCUGGGCUGGGUAGGUGGGUGGUAGGUGGCAGCUGUGUGUAGAUCUGGCAGUUGAGGCUGUGGUCGGGCUGGAAUUCUUGCUGCUGCUGGCGGCUCGUCUGCUCCCCCUCUUUCUCGGCCCUCAAGCGGUCGUGUCGUCUGUUGGAUGGGGCCCUUUAACCAAGUCGUUUCCAGGAUCUCUAGCUUUGGAUUUCCCACGAGUUAGUUCGCCUCCAGAUGACUCAGAUGGAAUCUCGACGGAAACCCUUGCAGCUACUCACGCAACACGUCGUAUCACAUGAUCUAGGCGGAGCCGUGGCCUCUCUCCCUCUCUCACUCGCCUGCUCGGCCCGAUGUGGGCCCGGAAAUAGUGGACCAGUCGGAGCUCUCUCCAGCCUGGGGGAUCCCGUCUCCCAUUGCCUGCCGCGCUGCUGUCUUGUCGCUGACGAGUUGAGCAGCAUCCCACAUCGCCUGCGCGGUUGAGCCUCAGACGCGGCGCCUGUCGACCCACCUCGCGCACUCCGAUAAUUCGAGGGCAUUCAGGUCCAACCAAACCCACCAUCCCACCACCACGUCGGCCGGAAAUCGGAGCCCCCUCGACCCUGUCCCUCCCACCGCGCACACCCGAUCAAGCUGCCCGCUAUGUCAGCCUCGGAUUCGUUUGUCCUGCAUGACGACCUGCCGUCGUCAGACAACGACGACCUCGAUUCGCUGCCGUCGAUAUCCACCGAGCUGCUCAGCUCCGAGGCAGACUCGGACGCUCAGAGGGAAUGGGAAGCAAGUCUGGAGCAGCUGCAGCUGAUGCUCACCAUGGUCCUGAUACCAUUUGCGGGGAAAUACUUUGGGCGCAAGUUUGCCUACUGGAGCUGGGCUAGAUACAUGGAGUGGGCACACAACGUCGAGAUAAGGUGGUCGAACAAGAAGGCCUUCGAGGCGGCUGGAGUCGCCGAGGCAGCAUCGUCCUUAUGAGCAUGCUCUUAGUUCAAAACAUGUCGGAAGAAUACACCCGUCGGUUACCGCCUCGAGAGAGAACACUACCACCACUGUAUAUUUUGGAUACCCCGUUUAGCUCGAGACACAAAGACUGUGGCAUUCUGCCGGACGGUGGGCAGCGGUAGGACUGGACAGGCGGGCGGCCCCUUGUCUCGUUGAAGGCGUAUGGUCACCAUAUUCCAUACUGGACUCCAGUCGCGACCACCACUUGAUCGUGGAAACAACGAUGCGCCAAACGGGAUGAAGGCUGCGCUCCGGAUGCAUGUUCCAGGACAGUAUCGUUCCAGGGGUGGCGCAACAAUCUGGGCGACCUCGGCUAGUUCGGUCAAGUUACUCUUUUACCUGGAGCAACUCUAGCUUUGAAAGACUCCUCUAGGCCGGGAUGUUACUCUUUCCCUGAGAGCAACAUCCGUUUUGGAAAAAGGCUCGCCUGUCCCCAACACCCACCUACAUGGCCAUACAUGUUCGAAAACCCAUUCGCAAAAUUGCCUGUGCGCUUCCUCGCUGUGUACUCAUAAUAUAUGUCACUUGCACGGCGGGUUGAUGAUGGAUUGCAGCGUUUCUCAUCCCUAAGUGCGGACUCCCAAAUACCCGUGGCAGGGAUCAAGCGACGGCAGAUGGGCUUCAUGGCUCUUUUAUGGCGCAAUACCCUGUUCUUUGGCCAAGUUCAACACAGUAAUGGAUGUGUAUCUAGAUACGGGAAAACGACUAGAAUGUUAUCACAUGUCGGCGAUCUCAUCACUUCUGCUUGAAUUGAGACCGCAGAAUCGCCCUCAGUGUCCAUUGUCGGUUCCACAGACAUUUGUCGCCUCGAUGGUCAAUCACUGAGGGAACCAAGCCAGCAACCCUCAGAUGUGAUACUAGCUAGGCACGGAAACUCGACACCAGACCAUCCGCUAAACUAGAAUAUGACAAGCCUUCAGAAGCAUACCACAUGCUGACGAUAAUGCAAGACACUUACUCGGGAUGCAUAGCUAUACCCAGCCUGAUUGGUCGCCAGAAGGGUGUUUUCACGCGGCCUCGACCUUAAUUGGAUCA